UGUGAGCGAAAUGUAACCACCGCUGUGCGGACUUCAUGUUUCCUAAAACCGUCUCCUGACGCUUAUUUUAAGGAAUAAAAAGGAAUACAAUGUCAACUUUGAAGGAGGCAAACACGUGUCCUGACGGGUACAGGGCUUUAAGCACCAGUGAGCUGCAGGAGCUUUUACAAAACGACGAGAAAAUGGACCAAAUCCUUCGACUCAAUGAAAAGUUUCAGGAUCUGCAGGUGGACCGGGAGAUGCUGCUGUCGACCAAUCGGAGCGUGGCGGAGGAGAGUCUCGCCCAGCAACCGCGACUUAAUAACGGCAAACUCCAACUGGCGGAGAAAUACCGAGAACUGUCCAACCUGGCAACCACAUGCUGGGAAAAACAGAGUCAGCUCGGAACCCGUGGCCAGAAGCUCAGCCUGCAGUCGGCGCAGAACCUCCUGCAGGAAGAAGUGGACCGAGAGGAGGAGCAGUCAGAGGAGCUUCUGGAGAAGUUCAUGGAGGGAAACGUGGGCCUGGACGAGUUCCUGGACUCCUUCCAAAGCUCCAGGAAGACGUAUCACAUCCGCCGGGCUCAAGCGGAGAAGAUGCAGGAGGUCGGGAGGAAGAAGAGCCUCAAGUUAAAGAAACCUGCGGAGGAUCAAAUCAAAAUCCAGGAAGUGAGGAAGGAGGAAGUGAGGAAGGACUCUGAGCAUCUUCAGGAUCCUCAGAGGCCGAAUGGAUUCGUAGCUCAAGGACCGUUAAGAGUUUUCCAGGUUCGAUACGGGUUAACUCCGGCCAUUCUCCUCCCACAUUAUCCCGUUUCUCCCCCUGCUUCAGCGCCAUGUUUUCCCAGUAGCAACCCCCCCCCUGAGCCCCUGCUGGGACAGAUCCUCAGCCCCAGCAGCGUGAUGUCAGGACACCACGGACAGCCGGUGGGGUUAAGGGUCAUCGGACAGUUACCGGGAGGCUGGCCUGCGAACGGGAGGCCGGUGAGACUGCAGCAGCUUUACAGACCCCCCCCCCAACAGCCAGAGCCCCCCUACCGAUAAGAGAAGGGAGAGAAUGGGAGGAAAUGGGAGGAGGAGGAGGAAUGUUAAAAAAAAAAAAAAGGUUUGGAGGCCGUCCAAAAACAAACGGUGGCUGUUGUCACUAUCAUGUCAAACUGAUCCAGAGACAGGUGCAACUGCUGAGGAUCUGUUCUCCAUCCACUACACAGGACACCAGAGCAGAGGCAGGGAGGGGAGGUCACUUAACUUAAGGUAAGGUGAGGUGAGAUAAGGUGAGGUAACUUAAGGUGAGGUGAGGUAACUUAGCCUAAGGUGCGGUAACUUAACUUAAGGUGAGGUGAGGUAACUUAGCCUAAGGUGAGGUAAGGUGAGGUGAGGUAACUGAGCCUAAGGUGAGGUAACUUAACUUAAGAUGAGGUAAGGUAAGGUAACUUAAUUUAAGAUGAGGUAACUUAACUUAAGCUGAGGUGAGGUAACUUAACUUAAGGUGAGGUGAGAUAAGGUCACUUAAGGUGAGGUAAAUUAACUUAAGAUGAGAUAAGGUAACUUAACUUAAAAUGAGGUAACUUAACUUAAGGUAAGGUGAGGUAACUUAAGGUAAGGUGAGAUAAGGUCACUUAACUUAAGGUGAGGUCACUUAACUUAAGGUGAGGUCACUUAACUGAAGAUGAGGUAACUUAGCUUAAGGUGAGGUGAGGUGAGAUAAGGUCACUUAACUUAAGGUAAGGUGAGGGUUAGGGAUGGGGAUGGGCUCCGAUAGCCAGAUUUGCUAAGCUACUACAAUGCUAACGAAUCUCUUAUCUCUACCUUUUGUCUCUCUUUAUGCCUUUUCAUUUUUAAAUGGAUAACGUUUAGACAAAUCCUGCAGCUGCUUUGAAAGCUGUUUCUGGUCUUUGGAAAGCCAUCACUGCAUUUACACUCAGAGGAAAGCCGAGACUUUUAGCAUGGUCCUUGAAUCGAUCCUUUUUUUAGCCUCAAAGAACCCGUCUGAAAUGAUUUAAGACACAAAUUUAAGGAAAGAAUAACAUUUCCGUACAGCUUACCUUCACCUGCUCACUCCUCCUCAGACUGCAUGGAGACAGGAACUCAUCAAACUUGAAUUCUGGCAUUGAAAUCUAAAGAAAUGCAUAAUUUAAUCUUAAAAGUGGUGGAAAUGUGAGCAAGUAAACCAAGGGGUUGGCUAGCUGCUAACCGUUUUUUUUGCGGUUCAUGGUCAAUACUUGGUCAGCACGCCGCUCAGAGUAUGAUUUUAAGAAUAACGGCAGUUCAGGAAGGUCAAGUUUGUAUCGUGAGAAGAAGAUGCUGCUUUUACUAAACGAGGUUUUAUGCAGAUAUUUAGCACAAAUCGAUGCCAAUGAGCCUCAUUCAAAUUCACAAAGACCAGAUAAACAACAGAUACGUCAUACAACAGGCUGCCAUUAAAGCAGGGGGGUCAAACUCAAGGCCCGGGGGCCAAAUCCGGCCCGCGACUUCAUUUCAUGUGGCCCCAGAAGAGCUCUGAAAGAAUAUAAUAUAUUUAUUAUAUGGUUACAUGGCGAUUUAAAGAAGCAUGUUGCCCAACUACAUGUCCCACAAUGCAUCUCAAAUUUUUUCUUCAAAAUUUGCAUCUUUUCUUAGAAUUUGGCUUCU